AUGGCCACGCCUUUUCAGUCGUACGUUCCCACAGCUCUGAUCGUUGUUAUUUCAUGGUUUUCGUUUUGGUUGGACGUUGAGGCUGUACCAGGCCGGGUUGUGAAUUAUUGUACUCGACGGAAGCAGAGAAAAGCUCGCUCAUCUACAAAAAGUCUGAGUGAACAGGUCCAUAGUCUGGUUGCUCAGUACAAGGAGAAAAGAGGG